CUUUCAGGGGCCUCUGUGUGUGUGUGUGUGUGUGAGAGACAGUGAGAGAGAGGUGGUGAGAGGUGACUGUGUGGACUCUGGUUUCUGAGGGAGUGAGGAGGAGGAGGAGGAACAGGAGGACUACUUAUUACAUGUUGAAACUAUGGAUCAGAGCUUGAUAAUCGCGGUGGUGGCGGCUGUUUGUGUGGUGGUAGUGAGCGUGCUGUACUUCCUCCUGGGAGAGAAGAAGAAGAAGCUGCCCUUCACUCUGCAGGAUCCUGUGGUCAAAUACCCCCUUCCCCUGAAAGACAAACAGGAAAUCAGCCAUGACACAAAGAAAUUUCGGUUUGGCCUUCCAUCUGUAACUCAUGUCCUUGGACUGCCAGUAGGUCAGCACGUGUACCUGUCGGCCAGGGUCAACGGCAGUCUGGUGGUCAGAGCCUACACUCCAGUAUCCAGUGAUGAGGACCAGGGACAUGUCGACCUCGUGGUCAAGGUGUACUACAAGAACUGCCACCCGUCCUUCCCAGAGGGAGGGAAGAUGUCUCAGUACCUGGACAACAUGGCUAUUGGAGACACCAUUGACUUCAGAGGACCCAGUGGACUGCUGGUGUACAAGGGAAAUGGUCAGUUCUCCAUCCGACCAGACAAGAAGUCAGAGCCGAAGGUUCGGAAGAUCAAGCAUGUUGGAAUGAUCGCUGGUGGAACAGGCAUCACUCCUAUGCUGCAGUUAAUCCGCAGCAUCACAGCAGACCCCGGUGACAGCACCAAGUGCUCUCUCAUAUUUGCCAACCAGACUGAGAAAGACAUCCUACUGAGGGAGGAGCUGGAGGAGGUGAAGAAGAACCAUCCUGAUCGAGUUCAGCUGUGGUUCACACUGGACAAACCUCCGCAGGAUUGGAGCUACAGUUCAGGGUUUGUGACCCGUGACAUGAUCAAGGACCACCUCCCUGCUCCGUCUACUGACGUCCUUCUUGUCCUGUGCGGUCCUCCACCAAUGAUCCAGAACGCCUGUCUGCCAAAUCUGGACAAGCUGGGACACAGAACAGAAAACAUUUUUGCAUACUAGUGUUGUGAUUGACUACAAAACGUGUUUAUUCCCUGUAAUCAUCCAGUCACUAAACCAACCAUCACUGUCUGAACAACGUUAA